AUGCCCAAGGCCGAGAAGGGGAAGCCCAAGCGCGCGUGCCCGCUGGAGAAGCAACUGGCCUAUGACAACAAGCCGUGGUACGACCAGAGCGGCGGCAAGAAGGGCGCGCGCCGCGAUGCCGACGACUCGGACGACGACAUGGCCGAGGACGUGGUGCCCGAGAAGCUGAGCCGCCGCACGCUGGCGCUCGCGCGGCAGCAGCAGGCCGAGGAGCAGGCCCGCCAGAACAAGAGCAAGGCCCGCCAGGCCGCCGCGCAUCCCGCCAAGCCCCAGGCGCAGGACAGCAGCGACGAGUCGGACGCCGAGUCGGACGACGACCAGGACAUGGACACGGACGAGUACGACGGCCAGGACCUCGUGCGCAUCAACGACGGCUACGUGGAGGAGGUGGAGAUCUGCGAGGACGACGAGGAGGCGCUCGCCAACUUCAUGGUGGGCGCGCCCGAGCGCCGCAACCUGGCCGACAUCAUCAUGGACAAGAUUUUCGAGAAGGAGGCCCGCGAGCGAGGCGAGAUGGACGACGACAGCCAAGCCCCGCAGAACAGCAAGUUCGACCCCAAGAUCGUCGAGGUGUACACGGGCGUGGGCAAGAUCCUGCAGCGGUACACGUCGGGCAAGCUGCCCAAGGCGUUCAAGGUCAUCCCGAGCUUGAGCUACUGGGAGGACAUUUUAUGGCUCACGAGCCCCGAGAAGUGGUCGCCGCACGCCAUGCGCGCCGCCACGCGAUUGUUCGCGUCCAACUUGAACCCCAAGAUGGCGCAGCGCUUCUUCAACAUCUUCCUGCUGGAGCACGUGAGGCAGGACAUCCACGAGAACAAGCGGCUCAACUUCCACCUCUACAUGGCGCUCAAGAAGGCGCUGUACAAGCCGCAGGCGUUCUUCAAGGGUAUCAUCAUCCCGCUAUGCGAGAGCAGGAACUGCACUCUGCGUGAGGCGGCUAUCAUCGGCAGCGUGCUGUCCAAGGUGUCGGUGCCCGUGAUCCACUCCGCCGCCACGCUCAUGAAGCUGGCGUCCAUGGAGUACUCGGGCGGCAACAGCAUGUUCAUCCGUGUGCUGCUCAACAAGAAGUACAGUCUGCCCACGCGCGUGAUCUCGCAGCUGAGCCAGCACUUCCUGCGCUUCACGUCCGACACGCGCAAGCUGCCGGUGCUGUGGCACCAGUCGCUGCUGGUCUUCGCGCAGCGCUACAAGAACGACAUCCCCAAGCAGCACAAGGAGGCCAUGAAGGCGCUGCUCAAGCAGCACUUCCACCACCAGAUCACGCCAGAGAUCCGUCGCGAGCUCUACAACGAGAUGUAG